GCGGCUGCUCCGGCGCGGCCCGCGGCCAUGCUUCAGCGCCGCGCCGAGCGGCUGAGCAGAGGGACUGUACCGCCGCCGCGUCCCGUGGCAGCGGCGUAAGCCGGCGUGACGAUGAGGAGGGCGAGGCGGGCCGCGCCGGGCCCCCUGCCCGUGCUGGGGCUGCUGCUGCUGGGGGCCCUGCCGGGGCUCUGGACGGUGCUGCUGCGGCGGGAGACGGCGGCGGAGGCGCAGCCGGAACCGGAGCCGCGCCCGCCGGGGACUCGGUGGGGCUGGAGCCGCUCCCCGGAGGAGCGGGACGAGCCCGGCGGCGGCGGGCAGAAAACUUUCCGGGCGCUGCUGGCGGUGCCGGCGGCGAGCCGGGAGGAGCGAGGCAGCCCGGAGCAGUUCGGCGCGGUCGGGUCUCCGCCGCCGGCCGCCGGCUUCUCUCCGGUGGAGCGGGGCAUCUUCUGGAGUCGCGACCUGGAGGCGCAGGUGCCGCCGGGCUUCGCGGCGGAGGAGGCGGCGGCCUGGCUGUCGGCUGCCCGCGCCGCCCGUGUGGCCGCACUGGAGCGGGGCGGCUGCGGGCGGAGCUCCAACCGGCUGGCGCUGCUGUCGGACGGGAGCCGGGCCUGCGUGCGCUACGGCAUCAGCCCGGAGCAGAUCCAGGGCGAGGCGCUGUCCUACCACCUGGCCGGGGUGCUGGGCAUGCAGGAGCGGCUGCCGCCCAUGGCGCUGGCGCUGGUGGAGGCCCGCGGGCGGCAGUGGGAGCCGGUGCGGGAGGAGCUGCGCGGCUCUCUCUGGGCUGAGGGCGCCGUGGUCAGCCUGACGCGCUGGGUGGACAACCUGACCGCCGUGGUGGCCCCGGCGCCGUGGGGCGCCGAGGCGAGCGGCGGGCGGCGGCUGCAACCGCUGUCGGCGCGGGAGCUGGGCGGGCUGCCGCCGGAGCAGCUGGUAGAGCUGGUGCAGUGGAGCGAUCUCAUCCUCUUCGACUACCUGACGGCCAACUUCGACCGCCUGGUCAGCAACCUCUUCAGCCUGCAGUGGGACCCGCGGGUGAUGCGCCGCGCCACCAGCAACCUGCUGCGCGGCCCCGACGGCGGGCUGGUCUUCAUGGACAACGAGGCGGGGCUGGUGCACGGCUACCGCCUGCUCGCCAUGUGGGACCCGUACAACGAGCCGCUGCUGCGCUCCGUCUGUAUCUUCCGGGAGGGCACGGCGCGGCGGGUGGCCGAGCUGCACCGGCGCCGUAGCGCCGCCGCCGAGCUCCGCCGCCGCUACCGGGCGCGGGAGCCGCUCUGGGCCCGCCUGGGCUUUCUCUCGGAGCGGCAAGCCGAGCUACUGCAGGCACGCGUAGACUUCGUGCACCGCCACAUCGCGCACUGCCGCGCACAGGCCGCCGCGCUCUGACAGCCCCCGCGGGGGGCGGCCGGGGCCGCGGCGUCACCCCGGCGCUUCCUGCUUUGUGAGGCAACGGGACUGACCUGCCCGGGCGGACUCUUCCCCGCCAGCUCGGUGCCGGCUGCCCCCGAACAGCCGCGAGGCGGGCCUGGCUCUGCCGGCACCGGG